CACUCUUGCUUGCUUGUAGCUGAGAGAACAGUAGGUUGGUGCCACUGGUUGAGUGGCACAUGUCUGUCCAGCAUUCAUCAGCUGCAGGUACUGCAACACACACUCUUUUAAUUGCUCUUGCUUCCUGCAGCUAGCUUUCAGGGGUUCUUAGCUCUUCCUGCACAAGCACGCAAAGGCUUCACUCACCUCUACCCAAGAACAAUGGCCUCGGAGGCUGAGAAGAACACCGUGGAAGUGGAAGGCAUCGCAUUCCUGGCGGAGAUCGCCGUCGGCAAGUCUCUCACGCUCCUAGCUCAUGGCAUCACGGACAUAGAGAUACACUUCCUUCAGAUCAAGUACAACGCCAUUGGUGUCUAUUUCGAGAAGAACCGCGAGCUGCUCGAGCAUCUGGAGAAGUGGAAUGGCAGCAAGGCUGAGGAGCUGGUGGAAGACGAUGCUUUCUUUCAGGCCCUCGUUUCAGCUCCUGUGGAGAAGCUGUUCAAGGUCGUGGUGAUCAAGGAGAUCAAGGGCUCGCAGUACGGCGUCCAGCUGGAGAGCUCCGUCCGCGACCGCCUGGUCGCCGCCGACAAGUACGAGGAUGACGAGGAAGAGGCGCUCGAGAAGGUCACCGAGUUCUUCCAGUCCAAGUAUUUCAAGCCCAACUCCGUCGUCACCUUCCACUUCCCAACAACCCCUGGAACUGCAGAGAUAUCAUUUGCGACGGAAGGCAAGGGCGAGGUGAGUGUUACGGUGGAGAACGAGAACGUGGCGGCGAUGAUCCAGAAGUGGUUCCUGGGCGGCGCAUCCGCGGUUUCUCCGACGACCGUCCGGAGCCUGGUCGAUCACUUCGCAGCGCUGCUCUCCCCAUGAUUACAGCCGCAAGUGAUAAUUUGCCUCCAGAUUAAACUAAGCUCGAUCGUGAAUCUGUCGAUCCUCUGCUCUCGUGUGUUGCAGCAAAUUGCAAAUAAGACUAGUUUUUUCAACUAUCUGGACUGCAUUAUGUUCUGAUGGCAUGGUUGCCAUUCUGACGACAAAGCUUGUUCAUUUCAGAAAGAACCGCAGCUCAUUGCGUGGUUCAGCAAUUGAGGGAAAUAUAUUAUGAUUGCUGACUGA